UUUAGCGUCGGGGAUUAUCUUUGCUCCUCCACCCUUAUUUUGAAUCCGUUUUAUAAAUAUUUACGGGCAUUAAACAAUUACACAACAUCUGUAAACUGUUCUGAAUAGGUUCCGGUAGGUGUUUUAUCAGUAUACGCCCAUCCCAUCCAGCUACACCUGUUUAGGCGCGGCUGUUGCUCUGGGUGUUUGCAUCCUUUGCUGCAUUCAAAGUGGCUCCGCCUUGUGAGCAUAUAUUUACCGCCGACUCCUUUACAUGUCAGAGCCGCGGAGACAGGUUGACCGGACACUCAAGGACAACAAAGCAGUUACUGAACCUGCAGGUAGGAACACAGAGAAGCACACGAUGGCCAGCCAGCAGCGCUUUGUGAUCAAUGCCCGCAUCAUUGCAACUGUUCUCAGAAGCACACCAAGACUCAAGAUGUUCAUGAUGUCUGUGAUGUGGUCUGAUGAGGCUGAAGUGAUCAUUUACAGAUCCUUCCAGGAUUUCAAGGAAUUUCAUGGGCAGCUGAAAAAGACCUUUCCUCAUCUGAACCCUUUCCGGAAAAAUGACAGAGUGAUCCCCAAAUUUAAGGGAAGGGCCAUGAGGAGCAGCCUCCAGCAGAAGGGAUCCAAGCGAUCUGUCCAACGCAUGAAGUUUCUGGAGAGCUACUGUGAUGAGCUGCUCAAGUGCGACCACACGGUGACACUGAGCUCAGCGGUCACUCACUUCUUCAUGCCCAAAGACCAUGACCUGCAGUCAGACUUCACCAAGAACUGCAUCAUGAUCCUGCAGUCUGACGGGUCGGUUGAAGGAGGAGAGGGUGUCACUCGCCAGCAUGCAGGCAGCAUUACCCACCCGUUUGUCACCCAGACCUACAGCUGCGUGGCUCCUUUUGAGACAAAGGACACAAAGAAUCGUCCAUUUAAGGUUGCUGUGAAUGAGAAGCUGGAUGUCCUGAUCAAAGACCCUGCAGGUUGGUGGCUGGUGGGGGAAGAGGAUAAGUGCCUUGCUUGGUUUCCUGCUCCCUAUCUGGAGUUGUGGGAAGGAGAGGAUGAUGAUGCUGGAAUUCAGCUGACAGGCGACCUGUACUGUGCCGUGAAGGGUUACUCGACCAAGAAGGCUGACGAGGUGUCUGUGCCCAUUGGUUCUGUGGUGGAGGUGCUGAGACAGUCAGACGACGGCUGGUGGCUCGUCAGAUUCAAUGGAAAGGCAGGUUACUUCCCCUCCAUGUACCUGAAACCAUACAACAACCCCCGAGCUGGCCUUUUCAACAUGCAGAGAAAGCUGUAUAACUCCACUGUGAACCUGGCAUCUCGUUCAUUCAGCACCGGUGAUGAAACCAAUCCAGAAGGAGAUUCUACAGGUCAGCCCAGAGAUGGGACCACAGUGCCUGAUCCUCUCCACAAAGUCCGAUCCCUGGGUGACCUUUCUCAGAUCUGGUCACAGACGAAGAGGGAUGUCACACCCUCAGACAGCCGCACACGCAGCAUAAGCAGCACCAGCACCGGAUCCAGCUUCUCCAGCUUCUCCUCAAGCAGUGAGUCAUCUUCGAGUUUAAAAGAGGAAGAGCAGCAUCAGAGCUGUGCAGGCCAGCCCGAAGCUUCACACCAGCCCGAUACCAGCCCUGGUCUCAUCCUCUCAGACCGUCGCGGCUCCAACAGUAGCUCUGGGAGUUCUGGAUCUGCCAGCUCCAGAGGCAGCGAGACAGCUUCAGUCGCUCCCAAGGUGCCGCCCCGACCAAAGGCAGAGGAGAUCCUGACCCGCUGCACCACAAUGACCCGGAAGGCAGCCCUGGCCUCCAAGGCCCGGCUUCAGGUGGAGCCAGAGUCCAGUCACAGCCGCUAGGCAGCUUAUACCACAGACCAAGUUAUACUGUGAUACUUUACUGUUUAUUGAACCAUUAUUUGAUUAAUUAUAUAUUCAUGUAAAAUAGUUAAUCUUCUCAACUCACCAGGCCAUUCCCUGGGUCUUUUAGAAGAGGUGACAAAUCUAUGUUGACCUUCAUAAAAUAAUGCGCAAAUGGAUCAAAUGGAGCACGAUGCCUUUGGAUUCAAAGUACUUGGCUCUAUGUAAGAAUAAUGUACUGUAGCUUCAGUGAAGCAUUAGAAAGAGCAGGUUCAAGAAAAACGUAUAUGACUAUGUCGUGAAGUAGCAGAGAAACAUUUUUGCCACCUUUGAAGUCACAUAAGGGGAAUUUUAAGUGGCUUGUUGGAACUGAAGAUGUUAAAUAUUUACACUGGACUGUGGUUUAUGUUUCUUUUUCCUCUAAAUUGCAUGUUUGUACAAAUCUGUGAAUGGUUACAGGUUCUGAACUGUUUGACGAAACAUAAUAUAUACAGAGUAUAUCAUUCAGUUAUUAUAUAUCUUUGAUUUAUCAUUCACAUAAGUAUUUAAACGUUUUGCUUUACCUGUGUAUUUACUGUAUAUCAUCUGUUGGAAAGAGCAGCAAAGAAAACAACAGUGACCGGAGUGAACGUGACUGGGCGAAAGGUUUUUGAUCGCCUGCCAAAUCCGAUUGUGUUGUUGAACAAGAUAUCAACACACAGAAAGAAUAACAUGUCAUGUCAAAACAUAAUAUGUCUUGUUGCUUAUUCUUUGAAUAUGCCGGCCCUUUAUACUGCAUGCACGGCAUCAUAAUCUGCAUUUAUGUUCAAAAUGCCACCUAGUCCAACACAAAAUGGUCAA